AUGUUCAGGAACAACUAUGAUGGGGAUACGGUUACGUUCUCACCUACUGGGAGACUGUUCCAAGUGGAAUAUGCUCUAGAAGCUAUCAAACAGGGAAGUGUAACGGUUGGUCUGAGGUCCAAGAAGUAUGCAGUGCUGGUAGCCCUGAAGAGAAAUGCAGACGAACUCUCAUCGUACCAGAAAAAAAUUAUUAGAUGCGACGAGCACCUGGGUUUAUCGUUGGCGGGGCUUGCACCAGAUGCCCGUGUUCUGAGCAAUUACUUGAGGCAGCAGUGUAAUUACUCUCGCAUGGUAUUUAAUAGAGACUUGUCUGUCGAAAAGGCAGGGCACAUGCUUUCUGAUAAGGCCCAAAAGAAUACACAGUCGUACGGAGGUAGACCAUAUGGUGUUGGUUUGCUGAUUAUUGGGUACGAUCGUAGUGGGCCCCAUCUGUUAGAAUUCCAGCCUUCUGGUAACACGUUAGAACUAUAUGGAUCGGCCAUUGGUGCGCGCUCGCAAGGUGCCAAGACAUAUUUAGAAAGGACGCUGGAGAAGUACUUAGAGAUCGAAGAUCCGGAGGAGCUGAUUAAGUUAGGCGUAGAAGCUUUAAGACAGUCUUUGAAGGAUGAAACUCUGAGCAACAGCAAUUUAUCGAUAGCGAUAGUUGGUGAAAAUCUUCCAUUUACGCAAUAUGACGGUGACUCAGUGGCGCCAUAUCUAUAA